AUGGAUGAGUUUAGAAAUUGUUUAGAGGGUAACAAUUUGUAUGAUUUCGGGUGGUGGGGAGUGAAAUUCACAUGGUCUAAUAAGCAUAUUGAUGACUCUUUUACUAAAGAGAGGUUUGAUAGAACUAUUGCCAAUCCUCAGUGGAUGGAACUGUUUGCUGAUAGGAGGGUGAAGACUUUGGUUGCUAGGAAAUCUGACCAUAAGCCUAUUUUGUUGAUAAUGAAUGAGUCUAAUUGUUUAGCUGGCUAUAGAAGAAAAUUAUUCAGAUUCGAAGCCAAAUGGACCUUGGAGGAAGAGGGAGGGAAUAUUGUUGAAGCUGCUUGGGCAAGAGACAAUGCAGGCCAAAAUAUAUUAAAAAAGGUCCAAGGAAAAUUAAGAAGAUGCAGGGGUGAACUAAUUAAGUGGAGCUCACUAAAAGUUUCUGAUGGGGAGAAGGAGAUCUCAAGGUUGAGUGAGUUGCUGAAAAAAGAGCAGAAAGUUGAAGGGGCUCACAAUGCCUUGAUUAUAAGAAGGUUAUGGAAGGAGCUUGGCUUACUUCUUGAAAAGGAAGAUCUAAAAUGGAAGUAA